AUGCAAAAGAAGCCAGUUGUCCGUGUUGCUAUUACUGGUGCUGCUGGUCAAAUUGCUUACUCAUUGAUUCCAAGAAUUGCUAGUGGUGAAAUGUUGGGCAAGGAUCAACCAGUUCACAUUGUUUUGAUUGAUAUUCCAGACUCAAUGAAGGUUGUUGAAGGUGUUGUUAUGGAAUUGCAAGACUGUGCCUUCCCAUUGGUCAGAGGUAUCACUGCCACCAGUGAUUUGGCUGAAGGUUUCAAAGAUGUUGAAUAUACAUUGCUCGUUGGUGCCAAGCCACGUUCAAAGGGUAUGGAAAGAAAGGAUUUGCUUUUGGAAAAUGCCAAGAUCUUCCAAACUCAAGGUAAAGCCCUCGGUAAGCAUGCUAAGAGUAACAAUUUGACUUUGGUUGUUGGUAAUCCAGCCAAUACUAAUGCUUUGAUUGCUGCUUCAAAUGCUUCCAAUAUUGAUCCAAAGCAAUUCUCUGCCAUGACUCGUUUGGAUCAUGAUCGUGCAUUGGCUCAAGUUGCUAACAAGUUGAAGGUUCCAGUCCGUUCAUUGUCUAAAUUCGCUAUUUGGGGUAACCACUCUGCUACUCAAUAUCCAGAUCUUUCAUAUGCUUUGGUUGAUGGUGUUCAAGUUUCUUCCAAGGUUGAAAAGACUUGGGUUGAAUCUGAAUUCAUUCCAACUGUACAACAACGUGGUGCUGCCAUCAUUAAUGCUCGUGGUUCAUCAUCUGCUGCUUCUGCUGCCGAUGCUGCUAUUAAGCACAUGCGUGAUUGGUCUUUGGGAAGCAACGGUGAAUGGGUGAGUAUGGCUGUUCCAUCUGACGGUUCAUACGGUAUUAAGCCUGGUGUUUAUACUUCAUAUCCAAUCGUUUGUACUGGUAAUGGCAAGUAUGAAAUUGUCAAGGAUUUGAAGAUUGAUGCUUUCUCUCAAAAUAAGAUUGACCUCUCCAUUAAGGAACUCCUCGAAGAAAAGGCUGGUGUUUCUGCUUUGUUGAAAUAA